GCUGGCGCCGCACCAUCACAUGACUGUUUGCAAUAUUAAGGUCAGCUGACUGAGGGUGCUUAAACUCUAACGAAACUGCUUUGUCACUGUUUAAAUACCAUUCAAGGAACCAACGUUUAGCAUUAACAUCCAGAAGAACAACAACAUAAUGAAAUUCUCGUAUAUAAUCCUGUUUGCUGCCUUUAUCGCGACCACCAAUGCUAUUGUCAGAAUUCCUCUUAAAAAGUUCCGAUCUCUCAGAAGAACUCUGUCCGAUGCUGGUAGAAGUGUUGAAGGGCUGGUCUCCGAAGAACAUAAUUUAAAAUACAAUCUGGGCUUCCCUUCCAGUGAUGGGCCUACCCCAGAGACUCUCAAAAACUAUCUUGAUGCUCAGUACUAUGGAGAGAUUGGGAUCGGGACUCCUCCUCAGCUUUUCACUGUGGUCUUUGAUACCGGCUCUUCCAACCUGUGGGUGCCUUCUAUCCACUGCUCGCUGACUGAUAUUGCUUGCUUGCUUCACCACAAGUAUAACUCUGCAAAAUCAAGCACCUACGUGAAGAAUGGGGCAGCAUUUGCAAUCCAGUAUGGCUCGGGUAGUCUUUCUGGGUAUCUUAGCCAAGAUACGUGCAAGAUUGGGGACAUUUCUAUAGACGGUCAGGUGUUUGGGGAAGCCAUCAAACAACCUGGGGUGGCGUUCAUUGCUGCCAAGUUUGAUGGAAUCCUGGGCAUGGCUUACCCAAAGAUCGCUGUGGAUGAAGUGACUCCAGUCUUUGAUAAUAUCAUGAGUCAGAAAAAAGUCGAAAAGAAUGUCUUCUCUUUUUACCUAAACAGGAACCCAGCCACUCAACCAGGGGGUGAACUGCUGCUGGGGGGAACUGAUCCCAAAUAUUACACUGGAGAGUUCAACUACCUGAACAUCACACGCCAGGCCUACUGGCAGAUCCAUAUGGAUGAGAUGAGUGUUGGAAGCCAGCUGACUCUGUGCAAGGGGGGUUGUGAAGCUAUCGUGGAUACUGGAACCUCUCUCAUCACUGGACCGUCGGCAGAGGUGAAAGCACUGCAGAAAGCCAUCGGAGCUGUCCCACUCAUCCAGGGGGAGUACAUGGUUGAUUGUAAGAAAGUGGCCACUCUUCCUGCCAUCUCUUUCAAACUUGGAGGUCAGACCUACACCCUGACAGGAGAUCAGUACAUCUUGAAGGAAAGUCAAGCCGGCCAGACUAUCUGUCUGAGUGGCUUCAUGGGGCUUGACAUCCCAGCCCCGGCUGGGCCUCUGUGGAUCCUGGGAGAUGUGUUUAUUGGCCAGUAUUACACUGAGUUUGAUCGGGAAAACAACAGGGUGGGUUUUGCAAAAUCGAAAUAAACGUGACCAUUUUCACAAUCUGUGUGGGAGGGGGAAAAAAAUACUAAAAUUGCACACGCAUUGUUUCCGUUACUCCUACACACUUUAGAACCAAGUAGCAAUAUGUUUGCAUUAAAGGUAGACCCCAGUGACUCAUUUAUUAAUAGAUGAGUGCUUUUUCUGUUACUAAAUGCAGAAAAAAAAAUAAAAAGUUCAAUUUAAUGUGAGAGUUGUAAUUCAGGGCUCCAUGCUGUUCUGUUUUUGUUUAGGUUUUUGGCAAAAUGUUUGUUUUAUCUGAGAUGAUGAUGCAACAGGUUUGUUUGUUUUAACAGGUAUGUUAGCAAUGUCUAGUUUAAUGUAGCUGCUGUUACAUAUCAGAAAUCGUACCUCUUGAUGUUGCAGCCUUUUUAGGUAAUAAUUGGAUCUAAAUAAAUUAACAAGCUAGA